AAGGAUCUGCCGUCUUGGACCUGGAUGUCUGGAGCUUUGACACGUUUUCUUCCGUGUCCCGGACCGAAGCCUCCAGCUCUCACCUUCCGUGUUGCCCGCGUGCGCAGCGCGCCGCACCGCUCACGCCCCAAAUUUCUCGUGAUCUCAUCGCGCGCAGCAUCCCACCGCCCACCACGCCGACCAUGCCGCCCCCGGCCGCUCCCUCCUCGUACACCAGGUACGAGACGCGCCGCCGCAACCCCAACCCGCGGGAGGCGGCGCUCCUCGUCAUCGACGUGCAGGGCCACUUCGCGUCGCUGGCCGCGCCGGCCAUGCCGGCCAUCGCUGCCACCGUGGCGCUCUGCCGCGGCGCCGGCAUGCCGGUCGUCUACACCCGCCACGUCGACCCGGAGCCCCGGAACCACCCGCUCGCCGAGUGGUGGGCCGGCGACCGCAUCGACGCCGGGACACCCGCCGCCGAGCUGCUCCCCGGGGCCGGCCGCGCCGAGCGCGACCUCGUGGUGGAGAAGAGCACGUACAGCGCGUUCGCCGGCACGGGGCUCGAGGAGGCGCUCCGCGGGAUGGGCGUGGAGGAGGUGGUCGUGGCGGGCGUGAUGACCAACCUGUGCUGCGAGACCACCGCGCGGGACGCGUUCGUGAGGGGCUUCCGGGUGUUCUUCUCGGCCGACGCCACGGCCACGGCCAGCCGCGACCUGCACGAGGCCACCCUCGCCAACAUGGCCUACGGGUUCGCGUACAUCGUCGACUGCAACCGACUGGAGGCGGCACUCCGGAAGGACAAGUGAAGUGCCAACACCUACCUAGCUAGUACUACCUCCGGUCCCUUUGUAUUUUGUGUCAAAUUUUAACUAUAGAUCUAACUAAUAAAAUAGUUAUAUACUCCCUCUGCAAAGAAAUAUAAGAGCGUUUAGAUAAGUAGUUAUCUAAACACUCUUAUAUUUCUUUACGGAGGGAGUACAAAUUAUUAUUGGAUUCGUAUUUGAACAAUUUUUUCAUUUAUAUUGUUUUUUAUGACAUGCAUUAAUAUUUUAUUAAUUUAAUUAAAAUUAAAAUUUAACACAGAAUAAAAAAGGACUAAUAAAUCAUCAUCACGAAGGUAGUAUGCCAUAGUUCACUCUGCCUAAUGCAUGUGCCCGGCGUACUGUUCCUUCAACGUAAUGAAUUUGAUGUUCCAGACUGUUGUCAGUGCCACUCAGAAUCACCACAUUGAUCCGUUUUCGUUUUUUCUUUGGCUUUGGUGGCCUUGCAGAUAUUAUUCAGAAAGUAAAACAGGAAUACAAUUAUCCAAAUAAGAUGUUCAUAUCAUUUGCAGCGACAAAGUGUUGUGCUAUUUAGCUCCCACACUAUCAGUUUGACUUACAUCUAUAUGAACAUAAGGGAUCAUUUCAUCACCAUUGAAACUAUGAGAACUUGCUAUAUAUCACAAUAUGCAGUUGACGAAACUAAAAUUACACAGUGCAGACGAGCAACACAUUUCAGAAUUACCUGUAUUUUGGUUAUUUCGUAAAAAGUUGUAUUUUCCUAAUGCUGUCUUGUGUUGGGAAAUCCAUGCCGCAAACUCACAAUGCACAUUACUAGAUGAAGAGCUGAUCAGAUAUAAUCUACUUUUGGUGUAAUGCAGAAAAGUAUGGUUCUAUCCAAUGUUUCUUUUUUUGCGGGUAGGUUCUAUCCAAUGUUAGCAGGCAGAAUCACUCGCUCAUACUCCGUUUCAGUCUCCUCAGAGCAAGUAUAAUAGGGUCCAGUCAGCUGGCUAUAAGCCACUCCACAUCAUCAAAAUCACAGCUGGAGGAGGGAGAAGGCAAGAAAGAGAAAGAAGCUGGCGCUUCAUCAAUCGCCGGCUCCCAACACAGGAAACAAGAAAAGAAACCUGCAUGCAGGUGUGUGACCUCCUUUCCACCAAUCACGUGUAUCUCUUUUCCUUCCUCCACAUGCAAGCUUUAAGUACUAGUAGCUGGUUUAGAGCCAAUCUAUUAUACUAGUGGGCUUUUAUGUAGACUUUAGGUGACAUGGUAUUGGCAUAUAG